AUGUCCUCCAUCGCUGUCUUUGGAGCUUGCGGCCGUUUGAACAUCAGUGUCUUUGCGAGUAGGGAACGUGUAUACCUAUGGUCAUUGAUAGCUGGCAGGCUUCCAGGUCGAACAGACAAUGAGAUAAAGAACUACUGGAAUUCUACCUUAAGGAAGAAACAGGAGAACAGCUCAAGAAGGUCUAGAAUUCAGAGGCAAACCAUCAAGGACCCUCAUAUGACCAACAACCAAAUCAGACAAACAAGCAGCACCAGAAAUGUAUCAGCAGAACAACCAUUUCUCUCUGGGGUUGAAGUGAAUUUUAAGGCAGAGUCAGAUUCUGGUGAUGGAUUCUUGGCAACCAGUGAGGCAACCACCACCAGUGAAAAUGAUAUGGCAUGGAACUUCAUAACGGAUCUAAAUGCAGGGCAACUUAGCAUAUCUGAGUUUCUUCAUACUGACUUCUCUAAGCUUUGUGAAUUGAAUACCUUAGUCGUCACCUGCAAGAAUAGCAGACACUAG